GCGGAAGGUUCGGUGGCUGUCGUCGGUCUUGCAGCUGGUGGGAGUUGGCUUCGCGGUGCUGGGCGCCGGUCUCCUUAGUGUAUGUAGUUCGCGAAGUCGGGGUGCGGGGUCGCCCCUCCUGCGUGUCUGCUCCCGCGCUUCCGGAGCGUCCUCCCGCGGCGUGGGGCCUCGCGACUACUCCCGGCCCUUUCGGGCCACGGCUUGAGCGGUGCCUUUUUUUGUUUUCCUUUUUUGCGAGUUCCUCAUAAGUACAUCUUAAAGCUUUCAAGAUGGUUCUAGCAGACCUUGGAAGAAAAAUAACAUCAGCAUUACGCUCAUUGAGCAAUGCCACCAUUAUCAAUGAAGAGGUAUUAAAUGCUAUGCUAAAAGAAGUAUGUACAGCAUUAUUGGAAGCAGAUGUUAAUAUUAAACUAGUGAAGCAACUAAGAGAAAAUGUUAAGUCUGCUAUUGAUCUUGAAGAGAUGGCAUCUGGACUUAACAAGAGAAAAAUGAUCCAGCAUGCUGUAUUUAAAGAACUUGUAAAGCUUGUAGACCCAGGAGUUAAAGCAUGGACACCCACUAAAGGAAAACAGAAUGUGAUUAUGUUUGUUGGAUUGCAAGGGAGUGGUAAAACAACAACAUGUUCAAAGUUAGCAUAUUAUUACCAGAGGAAAGGUUGGAAGACCUGUUUGAUAUGUGCAGAUACAUUCAGAGCAGGAGCUUUUGACCAACUAAAACAGAAUGCUACGAAAGCAAGAAUUCCAUUCUAUGGAAGCUACACAGAAAUGGAUCCUGUUAUCAUUGCUUCUGAAGGAGUGGACAAAUUCAAAAAUGAAAACUUUGAAAUUAUUAUUGUUGAUACAAGUGGCCGCCACAAACAAGAGGACUCUUUGUUUGAAGAAAUGCUUCAAGUAGCUAAUGCUAUACAACCUGAUAACAUUGUUUAUGUGAUGGAUGCCUCCAUUGGGCAGGCUUGUGAAGCGCAGGCUAAGGCUUUUAAAGAUAAAGUAGAUGUAGCCUCCGUAAUAGUGACAAAACUUGAUGGUCAUGCAAAAGGAGGUGGUGCACUUAGUGCAGUUGCUGCCACAAAAAGUCCAAUUAUUUUCAUUGGUACAGGGGAACAUAUAGAUGACUUUGAACCUUUCAAAACACAACCUUUCAUCAGCAAACUUCUUGGUAUGGGGGAUAUUGAAGGACUGAUAGACAAAGUCAAUGAGCUGAAGCUGGAUGACAAUGAAGCACUUAUAGAGAAGCUGAAACACGGUCAGUUUACAUUGCGAGACAUGUAUGAACAGUUUCAAAACAUCAUGAAAAUGGGCCCCUUCAGUCAGAUCUUGGGGAUGAUCCCUGGUUUUGGAACAGAUUUUAUGAGCAAAGGAAAUGAACAGGAGUCAAUGGCCAGGCUAAAGAAAUUAAUGACAAUAAUGGAUAGUAUGAAUGAUCAAGAACUGGACAGUACAGAUGGUGCCAAAGUUUUUAGUAAGCAACCAGGAAGAAUCCAAAGAGUUGCAAGAGGAUCUGGUGUGUCAACAAGAGAUGUUCAGGAACUUUUGACCCAGUAUACCAAGUUUGCACAGAUGGUAAAAAAGAUGGGAGGCAUCAAAGGACUUUUCAAAGGUGGUGACAUGUCUAAGAAUGUGAGUCAGUCACAGAUGGCAAAAUUGAAUCAGCAGAUGGCCAAAAUGAUGGAUCCAAGAGUUCUUCAUCACAUGGUGUGUGACUUUCUUGGAGAGAAGAUUGCAUCUGUUUUGGGCAUCAGUACCCCAAAAUACCAAUAUGCCAUUGAUGAGUAUUACCGGAUGAAGAAGGAGGAAGAGGAAGAAGAAGAAGAAAACAGGAUGUCUGAAGAAGCAGAAAGACAGUACCAACAAAAGAAGAUGGAGGCUGAGUCCAUUGUGCAGACAGAUCAACCAGAAACAGUAGUAUCCAGUUCCUUUGUGAAUCUUAACUUUGAAAUGGAGGAAGACUGUGAAAUAAUAACGGAAAACAAACAAAAUCCAGUCUCUGUUCCACCGUAGAGUGACAAGACUAUAAAAUGUUUAACCCUAAACUUGUAUGAGGAACUUUGCACAUUUUUCUGUUCAGUGGGACUUAAAGCAGUUAUUUACAUUUUAAGUUACCUGGGAAGGGAAACUUAUGUUCUAGCUAUCAGAGUCAGAUCUGAGGUUUGGAUAUGUGUACUAUGCUUUUACUACAUGUCAAUUUAGUGCUUUUUUGUUUCUUUUGGUAUUGCUGGGGAUCAAGCCCAUGCAAGGCCAGCACUCUUGUCACUGAGCUAUACCCUCUGUGCAGUGCUGCAGUUUAAAAUCUUUUCAAAAAAGCCAAGGAUACUCUACAGCCCUAAUCAAUUAAGAGAGUUAAAUUAUUUAUUAAGAUUAUUUUGUAUAUUUAAGAAAACAAGGUAAGUUGUUGAUUAAUGAUACUUGAAGCUGAUUAUCGUAGUUACGGAUUAAAAUGAGGGUUCCUUCCCAGAUUUUAGUAUGCUUUGCUUGCAUUUAAUAUACCUAACCAUUAACUUCACACUAAGGAUGGUUCAGUGAGUGUGUAAUAAAAGAUGCAAGACGGAAGCAGUUUGAAAUUUCUUUCAUCAAGAAUAUUUUGUGGAGCCAGGCCUUUAAUCCUAGCACUCAGGAAGCUGAGGUAGGAAGCUCACCCUGUUCAAGGCCACCUUGGGAAAACAGAGUGAAUUCCAGGUCAGUCUGGGCUAGAAUGAGACCCUAUCUGGAAGAAAAAAAAAGUUUCAAUUUACUAUGCCUAAUAUUGAUAGGCUUCCAUUUAAAAUUUAUUUGAGAAAGAGGCAGAGAGAGGGAGAAUAUGGGUGCGCCAGGGCCUCCAGCUGUUGCAAAUGAACUCCAGAUGCAUGCAUCACCUUGUGCAUCUGACUUAUGUGGGUCCUGGGGAAUUGAACCUGGGUUCUUUGGCUUUGCAGGCAAGCACCUUAAGUGCUGUGGCUUCCAUUUUCAAUAAGAGUCACUAAAUCUUAUAUUCUUUUCAAUAGUUAUUCUAGAAAUAUGUUUAUUAGUGUGUUUGUAAAGUGUUGAUACCUACUGAUCACUUUUUAAGCUCUUCAUGCAUCCUAUUAUCAAAACAGCUAAGGGAUGGGGAACUGGUGACAAUAUUUUGUCAUUCACAUUUUGAAGUAGAAGUUGGACAGUUGAAUCAUUUGUCUAUUUCCAUAUUUGAUUAUCUACUUAGGUUACAAAUUUUAGGAAGCUAAUUUUGAAAACGAAAUUCUAAAAUAAUGUGUAUAGAACCUUAGAAAUUAUCUAUUUAACUUACUAAUUUGUAAUGAAGGGCUGGAGAGGUGGCUCAGCCAUUAAUUUGACGGCCUGAUUUGUAACUAAAUGUAGGUGAAGAACCGUGUGAACAGUGUAGAGAUGUUGAUCUUAAAAGCUUUCUCAGACAUUGAUUAUGUUUACAGCUUUCUAAAAGCAUGAAGUUUUCAGUCUUCAAUUUGUAUAAACUGUACCUUAAAAAUAACUCUAAGCAUAUAGAUAGCACAUUUUGGAAACCUAUCAAUGAAAUGUUUAACUGGAAGUUGAAUUUUUUUUUAACUGAAAAUUGAAACUUCAAGUCAUAAUUUUAGUUCACCUGAAAUUUGGAGAAUUUACCAAGAAAGAACUCUUCUUAUGAGUCUUUAGUUCUAUGGACUCAUGAUACAGUGAUUUAUAAUUUGUGACAAUAAUCUUUUCAUUCAUGGACAUAAGUACAUAAUUUGGUGCUUAAUAGAUUAAUCUUCAGAUUACAUAAUCAAUGUCAUAUUAAAUUAUAGUUUACUAACAGCUGUAAGGCCUGCUGGACUGACUUCUUUCCCAUUUGUUUUUGACUUUGAAAUAGUACCAACUCAGAUAGGAUUUGAUUAUAAAAUGAAUGCAGGUUUGUCCAAAGGUGGUCUCUUCCCCUUUAAAGUUCUAGUAUGUAAAAGUUUACCUAGAAACUUCAUCACAGCAGAAGGAAGAUAAGUGAUUUAUGAAAAUUUAAUGUUUCUUGAAUUUUAUUUUUGUUGUUUGUCCCAAAGUAGCCAGUUUGUAAUGUUUAUAGUUGUUCACUGUGCCUUAAAUUUUUUAUACUUUUGUUUAUGCAAACUAUAAAAUUUCCCACAAAUGCA